GCUCAUUAAUUGUGUACUUGCCAGAAGGAUCUGUCUUUAAAUCAUUAAUGCAGGCAACAUUUCUCUUUAGAGCCAUCAAUGUGAUUCUACUGCCUGAAAAAUGUAAUAAAGAUGGAUUUUCUUAUCAUUUUUAUUUUACUUUUUAUUGGGACUUCAGAGACACAGGUUGAUGUUUCCAAUGUUGUUCCUGGUACUAGGUACGAUAUAACCACCUCUUCAAUUUUUACAACAUACAGCUCACCUGUUAGUAGAACAAUGACAACAAAUGUAACAAAACCAGGGCCUCCAGUCUUCCUAGCCGGGGAAAGAGUUGGAUCUGCUGGGAUUCUUCUGUCUUGGAAUACACCACCUAACCCAAAUGGAAGGAUUCUAUCUUACAUUGUCAAAUAUAAGGAAGUUUGUCCAUGGAUGCAAACAGUAUAUACACAAGUCAGAGCAAAGCCAGACAGUCUGGAAGUUCUUCUUACUAAUCUUAAUCCUGGAACAACAUAUGAAAUUAAGGUUGCUGCUGAAAACAGUGCUGGCAUUGGAGUGUUUAGUGAUCCAUUUCUCUUCCAAACUGCAGAAAGUGCUCCAGGAAAGGUGGUGAAUCUCACAGUUGAGGCCUACAACUCUUCAGCAGUUAACCUGAUUUGGUAUUUACCUCGACAACCAAAUGGCAAAAUUACCAGCUUCAAGAUUAGUGUCAAGCAUGCCAGAAGUGGGAUAGUAGUGAAAGAUGUCUCAAUCAGAGUAGAGGACAUUUUGACUGGGAAAUUGCCAGAAUGCAAUGAGAAUAGUGAAUCUUUUUUAUGGAGUACAGCCAGCCCUUCUCCAACCCUUGGUAGAGUUACACCUCCAUCGCGUACCACAUAUUCAUCAAGCACGUUGACACAGAAUAAGAUCAGCUCUGUGUGGAAAGAGCCUAUCAGUUUUGUAGUGACACACUUGAGACCUUAUACAACAUAUCUUUUUGAAGUUUCGGCUGUUACAACUGAAGAAGGUUAUAUUGAUAGUACGAUUGUCAGAACACCAGAAUCAGUGCCUGAAGGACCACCACAAAACUGCGUAACAGGCAACAUCACAGGAAAGUCCUUUUCAAUUAUAUGGGACCCACCAACUAUAGUAACAGGGAGAUUUAGUUAUAGAGUUGAAUUAUAUGGACCAUCAGGUCGCAUUUUGGAUAACAGCACGAAAGACCUUAAGUUUGCAUUCACUAACCUAACACCAUUUACAAUGUAUGAUGUUUAUGUUGCGGCUGAAACCAAUGCAGGGACUGGGCCCAAGUCAAAUCUUUCAGUAUUCACUCCACCAGAUGUUCCAGGGGCAGUGUUUGAUUUACAACUUGCAGAGGUAGAAGCCACGCAAGUAAGAAUUACUUGGAAGAAACCACGACAACCAAAUGGAAUUAUUAACCAAUACCGAGUGAAAGUGCUAGUUCCAGAAACAGGAAUAAUUUUGGAAAAUACUUUGCUCAGAGGAAAUAAUGAGUAUAUAAAUGACCCCAUGGCUCCAGAAAUUGUGAACAUAGUAGAGCCAAUGGUAGGAUUAUAUGAGGGUUCAGCAGAGAUGUCAUCUGACCUUCACUCACUUGCUACAUUUAUAUAUAACAAUCAUCCAGAUAAUAACUUUCCUGCAAGGAAUAGAGCUGAAGACCAGACUUCACCAGUUGUAACUACAAGGAAUCAGUAUAUUACUGACAUUGCAGCUGAACAGCUGUCUUAUGUUAUCAGGAGACUUGUACCUUUCACUGAGCACAUGAUUAGUGUAUCUGCUUUCACCAUCAUGGGAGAAGGACCACCAACAGUUCUCAAUGUUAGGACACGUGAGCAAGUGCCAAGCUCCAUUAAAGUUAUAAACUAUAAAAAUAUUAGUUCUUCAUCUAUUUUGUUGUAUUGGGAUCCUCCAGAAUAUCCCAAUGGAAAAAUAACUCACUAUACGAUUUAUGCAAUGGAACUGGACACAAACAGAGCAUUCCAGAUAACUACUAUAGAUAACAGCUUUCUCAUAACAGGGUUAAAGAAAUACACAAAAUACAAAAUGAGAGUGGCAGCCUCAACCCACGUUGGAGAAAGUUCUUUGUCUGAAGAAAAUGACAUCUUUGUGAGAACUCCUGAAGAUGAACCAGAAUCAUCACCUCAAGAUGUUGACGUAAUUGAUGUUACCGCAAAUGAAAUAAGGUUGAAGUGGUCACCACCUGAAAAGCCCAAUGGGAUCAUUACUGCUUAUGAAGUGCUAUAUAAAAAUAUAGACACUUCAUAUAUGAAGAACACAUCAACAACAGACAUAAUAUUAAGGAACUUAAGACCUUACACCCUCUAUAACAUUUCUGUAAGGUCUUAUACCAGAUUUGGUCAUGGCAAUCAGAUAUCUUCUUUACUUUCUGUAAGGACUUCGGAGACUGUGCCUGAUAGUGCACCAGAAAAUAUCACUUACAAAAAUAUUUCUUCUGGAGAGAUUGAGCUAUCAUUCCUACCUCCAAGUAGUCCCAAUGGAAUCAUACAAAAAUAUACAAUUUAUCUCAAGAGAAGUAAUGGAAAUGAGGAAAGAACUAUAAAUACAACCUCUUUAACCCAAAACAUUAAAGGACUGAAGAAAUAUACCCAAUAUAUCAUUGAGGUGUCUGCUAGUACACUCAAAGGUGAAGGAGUUCGGAGUGCUCCCAUAAGUAUACUGACUGAGGAAGAUGCUCCUGAUUCUCCCCCUCAAGACUUCUCUGUAAAACAGUUGUCUGGUGUCACGGUGAAGUUGUCAUGGCAACCACCUCUGGAGCCAAAUGGAAUUAUCCUUUAUUACACAGUUUAUGUCUGGAAUAGAUCAUCAUUAAAAACUAUUAAUGUCACUGAAACAUCAUUGGAGUUAUCGGAUUUGGAUUAUAAUGUUGAAUACAGUGCCUAUGUAACAGCUAGCACCAGAUUUGGUGAUGGGAAAACAAGAAGCAAUAUCAUUAGCUUUCAAACACCAGAGGGAGCACCAAGCGAUCCUCCCAAAGAUGUUUAUUAUGUAAACCUCAGUUCUUCAUCAAUAAUUCUUUUCUGGACACCUCCUUCAAAACCUAAUGGGAUUAUACAAUAUUACUCUGUUUAUUACAGAAAUACUUCAGGUACUUUUAUACAGAAUUUUACACUCCAUGAAGUAACCUAUGACUUUGACAAUAUGACUGUAUCCACAAUUAUAGAUAAACUGGCAAUAUUCAGCUACUAUACAUUUUGGUUAACAGCAAGUACUUCAGUUGGAAAUGGGAAUAAAAGCAGUGACAUAGUUGAAGUAUACACAGAUCAAGACAUACCUGAAGGGCUUGUUGGAAACCUGACUUACGAAUCCAUUUCAUCAACUGCAAUAAAUGUAAGCUGGGUCCCACCGGCUCAACCAAACGGUCUAGUCUUCUACUAUGUUUCACUGAUCUUACAGCAGACUCCUCGCCACGUGAGACCAACUGUAGUUACAUAUGAGAGAAGCAUAUAUUUUGAUAAUCUGGAAAAAUACACUGAUUAUAUAUUAAAAAUUACUCCAUCAACAGAAAAGGGAUUCUCUGAUACCUAUACUGCCCAGCUAUACAUCAAAACUGAAGAAGAUGUCCCAGAAACUUCACCAAUAAUCAACACUUUUAAAAACCUUUCCUCCACCUCAGUUCUCUUAUCAUGGGAUCCCCCAGUAAAGCCAAAUGGUGCAAUAAUAAGUUAUGAUUUAAGUUUACAAGGACCAAGUGAAAAUUAUUCUUUUAUUACUUCUGAUAAUUACAUAAUAUUGGAAGAGCUUUCACCAUUUACAUUAUAUAGCUUUUUUGCUGCUGCAAGAACUAUGAAAGGACUUGGUCCUUCCAGUAUUUUUUUCUUUUACACAGAUGAGUCAGUGCCUUUAGCACCUCCACAAAAUUUGACUUUAAUCAACUGUACUUCAGACUUUGUAUGGCUGAAAUGGAGCCCAAGUCCUCUUCCAGGCGGUAUUGUUAAAGUAUAUAGUUUUAAAAUUCAUGAACAUGAAACUGACACUAUAUAUUAUAAGAAUAUAUCAGGCUUUCAAACUGAAGCCAAACUUGUUGGACUAGAACCAGUCAGCACCUACUCUAUCAGUGUAUCUGCCUUCACCAAAGUUGGAAAUGGCAAUCAAUUUAGUAAUGUAGUAAAAUUCACAACCCAAGAAUCAGUUCCAGAUGUCGUGCAGAAUAUGCAGUGCAUGGCAACUAGCUGGCAGUCAGUUUUAGUGAAAUGGGAUCCACCCAAAAAGGCAAAUGGAAUAAUAACACAAUAUAUGAUAACAGUUGAAAGGAAUUCUACAAAAGUCUCUCCCCAAGAUCACAUGUACACCUUCAUAAAGCUUCUUGCCGGUACCUCAUAUGUCUUUAAAGUAAGAGCUUCAACCUCAGCUGGUGAAGGUGAUGAAAGCAUAUGCCAUGUCAGCACACUACCUGAAACAGUUCCCAGUGUUCCCACAAAUAUUGCUUUUUCUGAUGUACAGUCAACUAGUGCAACAUUGACAUGGAUAAGACCUGACACUAUCCUUGGCUACUUUCAAAAUUACAAAAUUACCACUCAGCUUCGUGCUCAAAAAUGCAGAGAAUGGGAAUCCGAAGAAUGUGUUGAACAUCAAAAAAUUCAAUACCUCUAUGAAGCUAACUUAACUGAAGAAACAGUAGAUGGAUUAAAGAAAUUUAGAUGGUAUAGAUUCCAAGUGGCUGCCAGUACCAAUGCUGGCUAUGGCAAUGCUUCAAAUUGGAUUUCUACACAAACUCUGCCUGGCCCUCCAGAUGGUCCUCCUGAAAAUGUUCACGUAGUAGCAACAUCACCUUUUAGCAUCAGCAUAAGCUGGAGUGAACCUGCUGUCAUUACUGGACCAACAUAUUAUCUGAUUGACGUCAAAUCGGUAGAUAAUGAUGAAUUUAAUAUAUCCUUCAUCAAGUCAAAUGAAGAAAAUAAAACCAUAGAAAUUAAAGAUUUAGAAAUAUUCACAAGGUAUUCUGUAGUGAUCACUGCAUUUACUGGGAACAUUAGUGCUGCAUAUGUAGAAGGGAAGUCAAGUGCUAAAGUGAUUGUUACUACUUUAGAAUCAGCCCCAAAGGACCCACCUAACAACAUGACAUUUCAGAAGAUACCAGAUGAAGUUACAAAAUUUCAAUUAACAUUCCUUCCUCCUUCUCAACCUAAUGGAAAUAUCCAAGUAUAUCAAGCUCUGGUUUACCGAGAAGAUGAUCCUACUGCUGUCCAGAUUCACAACCUCAGUAUUAUACAGAAAACCAACACAUUCGUCAUUGCAUUGUUAGAAGGACUAAAAGGUGGACAUACAUACAAUAUCAGUAUUUAUGCAGUCAAUAGUGCUGGUGCAGGUCCAAAGGUUCCGAUGAGAAUAACCAUGGAUAUCAAAGCUCCAGCACGACCAAAAACCAAACCAACCCCUAUUUAUGAUGCCACAGGAAAACUGCUUGUGACUUCAACAACAAUUACAAUCAGAAUGCCAAUAUGUUAUUACAAUGAUGAUCAUGGACCAAUAAAAAAUGUACAAGUGCUUGUGACAGAAACAGGAGCUCAGCAUGAUGGAAAUGUAACAAAGUGGUAUGAUGCAUAUUUUAAUAAAGCAAGGCCAUAUUUCACAAAUGAAGGCUUCCCUAACCCUCCAUGUACAGAAGGAAAGACAAAGUUUAGUGGCAAUGAAGAAGUCUACAUCAUAGGUGCUGAUAAUGCCUGCAUGAUACCCGGCAAUGAAGACAAAAUUUGCAAUGGACCACUGAAACCAAAAAAGCAAUACUUAUUUAAAUUUAGAGCUACAAAUGUUAUGGGACAAUUUACUGACUCUGAUUAUUCUGACCCUGUUAAGACUUUAGGGGAAGGACUUUCAGAAAGAACUGUAGAGAUCAUUCUUUCUGUCACUUUGUGUAUCCUUUCAAUAAUUCUCCUUGGAACAGCUAUUUUUGCAUUUGCAAGAAUUCGACAGAAGCAAAAAGAAGGUGGCACAUACUCUCCUCGGGAUGCAGAAAUUAUUGACACUAAAUUCAAGCUGGAUCAGCUCAUCACAGUGGCAGACCUGGAACUGAAGGACGAGAGAUUAACGCGGUUACUUAGUUAUAGAAAAUCCAUCAAGCCAAUAAGCAAGAAAUCCUUCCUGCAACAUGUUGAAGAGCUUUGCACAAACAACAACCUAAAGUUUCAAGAAGAAUUUUCGGAAUUACCAAAAUUUCUUCAGGAUCUUUCUUCAACUGAUGCUGAUCUGCCUUGGAAUAGAGCAAAAAACCGCUUCCCAAACAUAAAACCAUAUAAUAACAACAGAGUAAAGCUGAUAGCUGAUGCUAGUGUUCCAGGUUCGGAUUAUAUUAAUGCCAGCUAUAUUUCUGGCUAUUUAUGUCCAAACGAAUUUAUUGCUACUCAAGGUCCACUACCAGGAACAGUUGGAGAUUUUUGGAGAAUGGUGUGGGAAACCAGAGCAAAAACAUUAGUAAUGCUAACACAGUGUUUUGAAAAAGGAAGGAUCAGAUGCCAUCAGUAUUGGCCAGAGGACAACAAGCCAGUUACCGUCUUUGGAGAUAUAGUGAUUACAAAGCUAAUGGAGGAUGUUCAAAUAGAUUGGACUAUCAGGGAUCUGAAAAUUGAAAGGCAUGGGGAUUGCAUGACUGUUCAACAGUGUAACUUUACUGCCUGGCCAGAGCAUGGGGUUCCUGAGAACAGUGCCGCUCUAAUUCACUUUGUGAAGCUGGUUCGAGCAAGCAGAGCACAUGACACCACACCUAUGAUUGUUCACUGCAGUGCUGGAGUUGGAAGAACUGGAGUUUUUAUAGCUCUGGACCAUUUAACACAACAUAUAAAUGACCAUGAUUUUGUGGAUAUAUAUGGACUAGUAGCUGAACUGAGAAGUGAAAGAAUGUGCAUGGUGCAGAAUCUGGCACAGUAUAUCUUUUUACACCAGUGCAUUCUGGAUCUCUUAUCGAAUAAGGGAAGUAAUCAGCCCAUCUGUUUUGUUAACUAUUCAGCACUUCAGAAGAUGGACUCUUUGGAUGCUAUGGAAGGUGAUGUUGAGCUUGAAUGGGAAGAAACCACUAUGUAAAUAUUCAGACCAAAGGAUACAAUUGGAAGAGAUUUUUAAAUCACAGGGGCCAAAGUUACCCCCUCAUUCUUCUGAAUUGAAAUGUGCAAACUUAAAGAAAUAUCUAUGCUUCCCUCACUGUGCCUUUCUAAAUGGACUGAACAUUUUAAGACUAGUUCUAGAAAGUAGCUAAUACAGAAUAAUUAUAUGUUUUGUACAGAAUAAAUAUGUAUUUUAAAUGCUUAAGAAAAGACAUCCCAUGUGUUUCUGAAGUCCUGCAUAUUUUGGAAUAAGCCAAAUAGAAAAUUAUUAUUAUAUUAGCAUUAAUGUUUCAUUGUGAAAUUUCCCUAUGUAUUGGAUUUAAUUUUGAACAAAAGUUGUAAAUGUUGAUUCAGUAGUGUUGUUUUGGCUUACAUGGUGUUGACGUUUCUUGUGGAUACUUUCCAGGACUGUCAUAAUGAUCUGUACUUCCAUGUACACCCCUGUUUUGAAUCCUCUGUUUUAUGAGUGCUGAGAUAUCAUCUCAUGAUCCCGAACAGCUGAACAGUAACCCCCUGACACUGCAGGGAUUACUUAGCCUUUAUACAACACACAGUAGCUCUUCAGGGACACUUAGGGCUAUUUAAUUUGCAUUGUGAUCUUCAGUUUGAGAACCUAAAAAAAAUUAAAAGUACAACACAUGAAGUUACCGAGUACUAUUCUAGCCAACACACAGUUAUAAACUUUCAUAUACAAGUUUUACCCCUGUAUUGUAUAUUCAAAUAUAUAGUUAAAUGUAUCAGUGUAUUUGCCCAUUAGAUAUAGUCAACCUAAUAUUAACAAUUCUGAAGUGUUUCUUCAGCAAAAAUGUAUCAAAAGAGUAAUAAAAAAACUAUGUGUACUUCAAGCUUGUAAACCAAUGAUGUGCUGCUGUGGUGCCAACAGAGACUUCCAAAUGGAUUAUGUUAAAUGGCUGUCAUUUCAUUUCCCAAGGUUGAUUUUGAGCGGUAUACUUGGUGGAACUGAAAACAAAGAAAUUAACCAUGUGUAGCAAAUUCGAGGUUUCUUUAAAGAAAAUAUUUCAGUCUCCAUCUUACUAAAUAGUGACAAUGUGGUAAGUUUUGAAUUAUAUGAAGUUAUUUUGUAAUAGAUUUCAAUUAAGAGUAAUAAAAAUAAAUAGUAUUAAUUAUUCUCUUCUAUGAUAAGAAUUAUAUCUUAUGCUUAUUUCCACUGGAAUAUACAUAUAAGAAAUGUUAUGACCAAUAAAAUUGAAUUUUGAUGAA